UUAUACCACGCCUAUUGCGGUUAAUUGUCUGUCUUCUAAUUUACCUAGAAAUUAUGAUUCACUACACCAUCGAGUCAUUUAAAUAUAGCAAAAGGGAUUAAAACCAUUUUGAGUAUGAGUUUAAGAAAACUGUGAGCGUAGCUUCUUCGACCUAUGUAUACUUUCAUCAUCGAAUUGACAGCUCGAUAACGUGAUUAGUGCAGUAAACUGACAGCGACAGCAUCGACUGCUAGAUCCGAGCGAGACGACCGCACCUAUCAUUGUGCUUCGAUUUUGUGAAUAAUCGUUAUGAUAAACAUCUCAUAUAAUUUAUUUUGAUAUACCAAUUCAUAAAAAUGAAAUAUAGUCUAGAUUGUUUUCUCAUAUUGACGCUGUACUGUACUUGGACAAUAGCUAGAGAAGUUCCCUCACCUCCGUAUAUCGUUAAGCAACCCCCUACCGACGAAGUUCUUUUUCAAGUAGAAUCUAGCGGUGAAAAUGAUAAACCGUUUUAUAUAGAAUGCGAAGCAAUCGGAGAACCCGCUCCAAAAUACUACUGGAUAAAGAACGGAAAACCGUUUGCCUGGCAAACAUACGAUGACAGAAUAUCGCAGCAGAUGGGUCGUGGUACUUUGUCGAUAACCAAACCAUCUGACGUGGAUCUUGGUCAGUAUCAGUGUUUUGCUGAAAACCAAUAUGGAAUUGCUACUUCCAAUUCAGUAUUCAUGCGAAAAGCAGAGCUCAAUUCUUUCAAAGCGACGCAACCUCUCACAUUGACUGGCAACGAAGGAGAACCGUUUAAACUGACCUGUCAACCACCGGACGGUUGGCCAAAGCCAAUUGUACAUUGGAUUUUCUUAUAUACAAACGGAGGUUUCAAAACUAUUAAUAGCUCACGUAUGACUCUAGAUCCAGAAGGAAACUUGUGGUUCUCAAAUUUAACCAAAGCUGAUGUCACUGAUAAUUUUAUGUACGCUUGUGCUGCUACAUCACCUACAAAGUAUGAAUACAAAUACGGCAAUAGGGUAUUGCUAAAUGUGGUCUCUUCUGGGGUCUCCGCUUCACAGAACAAACAUGAACCUGUACUCCAAUACGUCACAAGGAAGAACGAAGUCGCUUACAGAGGAAAACGUGCUGAACUAUUCUGUAUAUUUGGUGGAACACCUCUACCGCAGACGGUGUGGAAGAAAGGUGGGAAACUGGUACAAAGUUCGGAUCGAAUAACACAAGGCAACUAUGGAAAAUCUCUUAUAAUAAAGGUUGUUGAUUUUGAUGAUGAGGGAAGUUAUACAUGUGAAGUGAGUAAUGGUGUUGGCGAAGCAAAAUCGUAUUCUAUCAGCUUGAAAGUUUUAGCUGUUCCUUAUUUCAUAAAGGAACCUGAAAGAGUAAAUGCUGCUGAAGAUGAAACGAUCGAAUUCAGCUGUGUCGCUGGUGGUGUUCCAGAACCACAAAUUAAAUGGAUACACAAUGGAAAGCCUAUCGAAGAAGCAUUACAUAACCCCAGACGAAAAGUUUUCAAUAAUAAGAUCAUAAUAGAGGGUUUACAAAAGAAUGAUACUGGCAAUUAUGGGUGUAACGCCACCAACAGUUUAGGUUAUGUCUAUAAGGAUGUUUAUGUCAAUGUAUUAGCACUGGCUCCUGAGAUCAUAGAGGCACCUAGGGACACUCAAGCAGUAGAUAAUCAGAACGUUACGAUGAUCUGUAAGGUUUUGGGCGCUCCAAAGCCUAAUGUAAAAUGGAUUCAGAAUGGGAGAGAACUCACUGGAGGAAAAUACGAUGUUCAAUCCAAUGGGGAUUUAAUCAUUGAUAAAGUUCAAUUCGAUGAUCGAGGGAAUUAUACGUGUUAUGCUGAAAAUAAAUUAGGAAACACAAGUGCUAUUGCCAAGCUUGAUAUAAAAUCUCAUACAUACAUUACGGAUGGUCCGGAAGAUUAUGAAGUAGAAGCAAGAACUCCAGCUACAUUCAGGUGUAACGCAGUAGCUGAUGAGUCUCUAGACCUAGAAAUAAUUUGGCUCAAAAAUGACCAACCCAUCGAUUUCGAAGGUGAGCCAAGAUUUGUAAAAUCUUCGGAUUAUUCCCUGACGAUAACAAAAACGCAUGAAUUAGAUUCUGGCACAUAUACGUGUUUAGCUAGAACAGAGCUUGAUGAAGCUUCAGCCAAAGCUCAACUCACGGUACAAGAUGUUCCUAAUAAACCAAAAAUGUUUGGAGUGACGUGUCGUAGUAAAGACGCCACCAUAAGCUGGACGUCCAUGGGAGACAACCGUGCUCCUAUCUCCUAUUAUAUUAUACAAUACAACACUAGUUUUAUACCAGAGGAAUGGAAAGACUUCAAUCAGGUUCCUUCUGCAGAUACAACUUAUAAUGUUCCUUUAGAACCUUGGGCCAAUUAUACAUUUAGAGUUAUAGCUGUUAAUAAGAUUGGACAGUCUAAACCUUCUUCCCAUUCGGAUGUGUGCACAACACCUCCAGAGGUUCCUCAUAAAAAUCCAGAUAAUGUGAAAGGAGAGGGAGAUCAGCCGGAUAAUUUAGUGAUCAGUUGGACUCCAAUGCCUCAAAUUGAACAUGGCGCACCUGGCUUUAAGUAUCGAGUUGGCUACAAAAGAGCCAUUGAUGGGGUAAAUUACGAAUAUGUGGAAAUCCUUGAUUAUAAACAAAAUAAGUAUGUCGUUCCUAAUCAGUUAUCAUACCAACAAUACAAAAUCAUAGUACAUGCUGUAAAUGAGUUGGGAGAAGCCAAUGUAGCACCACAAGAAGUAAUUGGGUAUUCUGGUGAAAGUAAACCUGAAAAAGCGCCUACUAAUUUCACUUUAUUGGCAAUUCAAGGUCCAACCACAGCGUUAUUAAGUUGGGAUCCUGUACCACUUGAGUCCGUUAGAGGUCACUUUAAGGGAUACAAAAUAAAAACUUGGAGUGAUACAUCAAGCAUAACUAAAGAGAUACAAGUGCAAGGUGGAAACUCCAAAGCUUUAGUAUCGAACUUCGAUCCGUAUACAAAGAAUUAUGCUGUAGUGUAUGUCUUUAAUGAAAAGUACAAUGGACCGCCUAGCGAUACAUUAUCAUUUGAUACACCCGAAGGAAAACCUGGCGAAAUGCAAGGUUUCGAAGCAUAUCCUCUAGGAUCUACAGGUUUCUUGCUUAAAUGGGAGAAACCUGAUAAGCCAAAUGGAAUACUGACUGGUUAUAACAUAUAUUGGUCGAAAGUGGACCCCUUCAUGAAAGUCGACGAACCAAAUCCCAGAAAACCUCAAAUUAUGGACCCGAAUUUGAAAAGAGCCAAAUUAGGUAAUCUUUUACCAGGUACCAAAUAUAGAUUGUACAUUGCAGCAACAACAAAAGCAGGGGAAUCUAAAAGGUACUUUAUCGAGCGCACUACACGAGCUGCUGGAAAAAUAAAACCGUCCAAACCGACUUUUGAGUAUCAAAUUAUUAAACCAGGCCCUCCCACAACUGUGAGAAUCCACUGGCUUCCAGCUGAAGAUGGAAAGGGAGGUACCAGUUUCUUUGUUAAAUAUAGGAAGAGGGGUGAGUCUAGUUUUGAACAAUCUCGCCUUGAAGAAAAUGAUGAUUGGACAGAUGUAGCAGGUCUUGACGAUUCUUCCGUGUAUGAAUUCAUUGUGACUGCUUUCGAUGGCAAAUCGUCUGCACACAUGACGGAUAGUGAUGUUCAAGAGAUUAGCACGUACGAUAUUGACGGGCCCAUAAUUAGGGCUAAAGAAAAUGUUGCUACUGCUGGCUGGUUUAUAGGGAUGAUGCUGGCUAUAGCUUUUCUGCUCUUAGUACUUAUUAUUGUGUGUAUAAUUAAGAGAAAUAGAGGUGGAAAGUAUGCUGUUCAUGAAAGAGAGCAAGCCAAUGGAAGACACGAUUAUCCAGAUGAAGGAGGCUUUCAUGAAUACUCACAACCAUUGGAUAAUAAAUCCCAUGGACGUACGUCUAUGAACAGUGACUCUAAAGUUGGCCCAGAGAGUGACACCGAUUCCAUGGCAGAAUAUGGAGAUGGUGAUACGGAGGGUAUGAAUGAAGAUGGGUCAUUUAUUGGACAGUAUGGCCGAAAGAAGGGUCAAGGAGAAACCACGUCACAAGGAUUUGCGACACUUGUUUAAUGUGUCGCUUCACGGAGGACGGGUCCUUCAUUGGGCAGUACGUGCCCAGUAACAUGAAGCAGCUAGGUCUAUCUUCGACCAUGCAGGGAACAAAUAAUAAUGCAAUGGGCACUUAUGUCUAGAUAAAAUCGUGGAUGUGGAAAUAGCUUUAUAUGUUGUAUCUCAUCAAGAACUCUCUCAUUAUAAAUUAUGAAAUUAAUGCCAUUAGAAUGUGUUCUUUUUGCCACGACCGUGAUUUUUUUUUAAAUUGAUUUCGUCCAUAUCAGUAAGUUCUAAUCAUAAUCAAAAUAACUGAAUUAUUUGUAUAAUGUAUUAGUGUAAGGGUUUUUGUUGAUUAAUAUUGAUUUAUUGAAGACUUUUUGGUGUUGCGUACUCCCUUUUAUAUAUUUUGUAUAUUGCUCAGCUCUCUGUGGCGACCACAAUGUACUCAAUUGAAUCUCAUUGUAUUGGUGCAAAUUUUCUCUAAUACUCGAAAAUGUGUUGAUCUUUUCAAAUUCUUUAUCACAAACUUUACUCCAGAUGCAAUUUACCAAACAAAAACUAAAUACAAUCCAUUUAGUUGAUUUAUAACAAAAAACAGUACCGAGUGAAGUUUGAUGGUUAUUGCUUUUUAAAAGUUAUUACCGAUAAAAGUGUUAUUAAAAAGAAGUAAUUCUUUUUUAUGAUUUACUGACACUGCCUUAUUUAUCAAAUUUAUUUAAAGUUAAAUGUUUUCAAAAUUUUAUUCAUUGACUAGAUAAUUUUUUAUCAUAAAUUAGCAUCACAUUAACACAGUGCGCCAACCCAUUCAGAAUCGAAACUCAAACUUUGUAUUUCAUCUGUCAAAUAAGACUUUUUAACUUUGACAGAUAUAAUAUUCAUAGCUGCGCACGCAUACAUGCUCGACAACCACUAAUACAAUAUUUCGUUCUGUAUUGUGUUGUUGUGUUAUCUGUGUUGUUAAAUUAGAUGCAUAUUUAACCCUAAAGAAAUUCAUUCCGAGGUAUUUCGUACCAGGUAUUUAUUUAUCCUCAUAUAAAAACAUUCCAAUAUUUCUUUGUAUUAUAUUAUAUCGCCCCGUGACUUACGAUUACCGAAUGGCGGUAAUGUUUAGAUCAAAAUAUAUUUAUUUUCUUAACCACUACGACAGAUGUACGGGUACGAAAUGCACGAAUAUUGACCGGUCUUUAUGUUAACAUUAAUUCCGUUAGCAGGGUAUAUCAAAUGAACAGUUUAUUAAAAUGACAGUUUGACACACCAUAGCUUGUCUUGUUUUUGUUUUUCAAAUUCUAGUAGAAAGGUCAUGGCCAAGCAACCCAAUCCAAUUUCAGUAUAUACUAAUGGUUAUGACGAAAUUUAUAAAAGUGCAACGAAUUCAUACAUACUUGAAUGAUCAUUAAGUUUUUAAUGACAAAUUAGUACGCGAACUUAUACUGUGCGCGCGUAAAAUAUGAAAACAAAGAUAUCUGUGACACCCCGUAUGAUAUAGUAACAAAAUGUUCCUUAUGUAUAUUAGAUAGACUACCGAUUUAAAAUUUUAUAUUUUAGAUGUUGCCAAAUGUAAAGUUUCUGAAAUAUGCGGAUCAUGUGCCCGUUAGUUAUAAUAUAAAUGGGACCCCCCGUAUAUUUUACAAUCUUUUGUUAGUUUUUUAUUGCUGAUGCAAUAUGUUAAGAGGCUAAUAUUGACCAUUAAUAUGCAGAAAUGAUAAUAAACAGAAAAAAAUUAAAGAUGGUCUUCAAUAUACCCACAUUGUCUUUGGAAACAAAUUCAUUCUGAAUGAAAAUUCAUCCAGACUUUACUAAUCGUUUCCGGAGAAAUUAGUGCUAUCUCUUCUGUAAUUCUGUCUUUCAGUUAUUGGAUAGUAUGUGGCCUAUUUUCAUACACUUUUGUUGGUAAACAUCCCCAUAAAAAAUAAUCUAGAGGUGUCAAAUCCGGGGAUUUAGCUGGCCACUAGAUAGCUCCUCUUCUUUCAAUCCAACGAUUUGGAAAUGUAUUGUCGAGAAACUCACAACCGCCUCAAAGAUAAUGAGGAGGUGCUCCAUCUUGCUGAAACCAAAUUGAUCUAUUCAUGAGAUGACGAUUUGUAUCAUCAGAAGACUCUGGCGAAUUCUGAAAUUAACUCAAAUUUUAAAAAUGCCCAGUAUUCUUUGCCUGUUAUGACUCUAUCCCCAAAAGAAGGUCCAAUAAUGGUACUAUUAAAAAUUCCUGCCCAUACAUUGAUCUUUUGUCGAUACUACGUAUGUGCCUCCACCAUCCAAUCCAAUGUGCCAUCUAAAAGGAAAGUAGCCUCAACAGAAAACAGAAUUUGGUCAAAGAAAUUAGGAUUAGUGUUAAAUAUAUUUAACAUUGUGACACAGAACUCCACUCUUUCAUCUGGAUCGUCUUCAUUCAGUUCCUGUACCAAUUUUGCUUUAUAGGGAUGCCAUUUUUCUUAGUAAACAAUACUCAAAUUUCAUAAUUUUUACUGUAUUAUUAUUACCUGUCGCCACAUCCUUUUAGUAUUAAAAUUUCAAUUUUUUGACGCUGUGUUAAAUCUAGCAUUGUAUUUUAGUCUGAUUUUGAUCGCUGAUAAAAUCGAUACUAAUACAAAAACAGAAUGGACUUCUUUAAACAACAAAUACCAAGUGGUCCAUUUUAUUUUCCCUUUAUGUUAAUAUGAACGGUUUAAAUAAAAAUUAUUUUACUAGUUUCUGCAUAUUAAUGGUCAAUAUUGGCCAUUAACAGGAUAUAUGCUGUAUCGGUAAUAAAAAAUUCAUAACAAGAUUGUCAAAUAUAAGGGUGGUCCUAUUUAAAAUUACGCACAUUAUCCGUAUAUCUCGGAAACUAUACAGUUGGCAGCAUCGAAAAUAUAAAAUUUUAAAUCGCUGGUCCAUCUAAUAUAUUACAACAUUUUUUACUAAGUAUAUCUUACGGGGUUUCACAGAUAUCUUUGUUUCCAUACUUUGCGCGCGCAACCUAACCUUGAUUUGGAGUGCCUUAUCCUAACAUUUCGUCUACUUCUUCGACAAUUGACAAAAGACAUUGUCAAAUAUGACGAGGCGACGAUCGGAGUGUUCUUUUGGCUACUCUUGUCGACUAAAUCUGCUUCUGGAGACUCAGGUGGAACACAGUUUGUGAAGAUGGAGUCCGGAGGUCGACCCAGAUCAACUUCAGUUUGUUAUUAUUGUUUAUAUUUAUCUUAGAUCUGAUUAACCAUUGAGAGUGAGAUAUAAAUGAAAUUGCUGGAAAGAGUAGCCUGGUCAUUGCCAAUAUAAACCAACUUAAUUUAUAAGUACCUUUUAAUUUGUAAUUAUUUAGUACAGGAUAAUAUUUCAUAAAAUAAAAAUCUACUCUUCCACACUUUCUUAUUGGAAGUAAGCUAAAGCUUCCUAGAUAUUGUUUACUAUUUUCUGACAUAUUAUCAUAAUUGUACACUGCUACAUUUCUGAACAGGGUUUUUGAUUUUUAUCAGGCUGAUCAGGCAUUUGUUAAGAACAGGUUAUCUUAUACAGGAUGUGACUGGUAUCGGACUUGUAGGACUACAUUUGGCUUCCGAAUUGUGUAUCACCUCUUCGUAAUUUUUUGGCUAUCGCAUUGUAUUUAUCAUAUAGUCUUGAAACCAAGUGUAAGAACAGCUUCAGUUUUUGUGUAAUAAAAGAUAAUGAUUUGGUAGUCCGAUUGGUAUUUAUUAAAGAUCCUGUACAUAUAUAAAUAUAACGUGUGUUGUAUGACUGCGAGCGUGAGUGAGUUUAGAAAGUUGAUAAAAGAUUCAGGAUUUCUGACUAUUCUGCUAAAGUAUUACAAAGAAUUUUGCAGCCACACUCUAUAGACUGAUCUAGCUCUGUAGGUCGUAUUCGAUCAAUAAGGCCACUUCGACUGGGUUUAUCAAAUUCAAAUCCCAGGUUGAACCGUCUUCAAAAGCUAGUCUUAUUCCAGGACAUCUAUGUGCUAACUUCAAAUCAUAUCAUGUAACUUUUGAAGAUGAUUCCAAAAUAGGAGUCGUCGGAAGCUUAACGGAUCCAAAAUAGCCGGAAAGUUUAAACUGAGGAAACUAAAUAAGUUUGAUAUUACUUGUUAUAAUAAUGUUGACCUUAUUUAACCGUUUCUUUUUAGUUUUGGAACCGCGACAGCUUUUCCGAAUAUAUAUUAACUAUUUGCAAGCAUCGAUAUCAGUAUGAUGAUGAAUAAAAACUCUUUGUUGUACUGAUGAUGCUUGGACGAGAUUUAGACAAUAAAAAUAGAGUAGAAGUGUGAAUGAUUCCUUAAUCAUAUGUUUUCGAUCUUAAUGCUCUACUAACAAGUGAUCUCGAACUAAAAACUUGUCAAAUAUGCUAGUCGUAUAUUCUUCAAAUUUCAUAUUUAUCGACAUUAAGGGCUAGAUAUGGUUAUAGAUCUACUGAAAGUACAGAGCGCAAUUUAAAAAAACACUUAGUUGAAACAAAUUCGAUGCCUACUUCUUCCCUUUAAUUUAACUUUCACCAAGUCAAUUAAAAGAUUGUAAGUUAUGGUUGUGAAUCUCCAUUUUAUAUACGAAACAGACGCCCCGUCGAAUUGUUUUGAACUAAGACAACUUACACCUCUUGUAUCACUGUAUGAAGAUAAUUUAAGCUAUCGAGUACUUAUUUUAAACAGUUCUUAGCUUCGACAUCAUGGAUGCUGCUGAUUACAAAAGCAAUAACAUAAUCAAAAUAGGAACUUCUCAAAAAGUAGAUAGACAUUUUAUUUAGCAUAAGAGACACAAUCUUAACUUUUUAUGUAUAUAAUGUGGUCAUGUCAUUAUAAAGACAUGAGUAAGAGACCUAACAUAAUUGGUUGGAGAAUGAAUGAAGUCAAGUUGUUCGUCUGCUUGAUAAAAAGAACACUUACUCUUCUUACUGUAGCCAUGAAAGAUCAUUUAAAUCAGUAUCCACCACUUGUUUCGUUUCGUGUCAAAUUUAUUGCAUAAAUAAGAGUCGUGGGCAGUGAUGCAAUUGAGAUGUUAUUGUGCUAAAUAUUUAAAUCACAUAGCAAAUGGAUAGAAUCACAGACAGGCGGUGCUAAUAUUAUUGUGGUUGAGUUUAGAAGCAUAUUUAUUGCUUGUUAUGUUUAAAGAAGCUUUCGUAAAAUUGAUUUGAUUUAGGGCCAACCAUUCUGAUCUUUUCCAAAACUAUUUUAGACUGCUUUUCUUAUGUGUGAAGUAUGAGAAAAUAUUUUGUAAGCACUAAAUUGCAGGACUAUUGCUUUGCACUGUUGUUGGUUAGGUAAUAUAUUUUGAUAUAUUUAUAAUUAUUAUAUAUUAUUAUAACUGCGUUACUAGUUAUUUGCGAAAAUUAAUUAUAUUUUUUGUACAAAUAAGGUUACGAUAACUGUAUCAAGCAGCUGAAAGUUGUAUGUAUGUAUAUAUAGCGUGUCUCCAAAGGUCACAAGCAGGCACUUGGUCGAUUUGACCUGACAAAAUGGUCUUUUCUAAUAGCACAGCUAGAGACGCCCUCCCUCAAUAAUACGGCUCUUAACAAUAUCUGUCAAUAAGCGGCAAAUGGACACAAUUAAUGUAAUUCUAUACGUUAUCAUGCACGAAAAAGAUGUAAAAAUGGAAAACCUUAAUCCUAAUUCACAAUAAUAGACAAUAUCACCUAUAAUCACAUUCCUCAUGAAUGAAUGUCUACUUAUACAGGGUGUCCCCGAAAAUAGUGCGUUCCUUUAAGGUAUGGAUAUAAUACACAAUGUAGAACAAAAAAGUUCUAUAACAUUUUUUUCUAAAGUUAACCGUUUCCAAAAAAAAAUUACAUUGUUCGCCGUAUAAGUGAACUUUUAUUUUCAUAAAAUUAACUAAUUUGGCAUCACUGUACAAGAACUGUUUGUGAUUUAGUUUAUUGACAUCACAAAUGUAGGUCAGACAGGCACACCUACAAAAUAAUUGUACCACCCCAAGUUUGAAAAUCCAGCAAAACAAGAAUUUGUUUGUUUGUUUAUGAUGAAGACAGGGUUUAAUGUAAAUACUUAUGGCUAAAAUGCUGCAACUAUUUUUGAAUUGUGAUUGUCUAUGUUAAGAUUUUUUAUACAUAGUUGUCAGAUUUCAAUUUGCAUACCACAAUGUAUUUUGGUUUUUUAGUCAAACGGUUGCAUUUAGAAAAAAAUGUUAUGCAAAAGACUUUUUUGCUCUACAUGGUGCCUUCUACCUAUACCUUUAAGGAACGCACUAUUUUCAGGGACACCCUGUAUAUGUAUUCACCAGAAUUCUCCAACUCCAGGGAAUCAUGGUAAAUUCAUAGCUCUUUCCAUCUCUCGCUAUCUUGUGCGGAUGGCAUCCAGAUACUCAUAACCAGUUGACAUUGCUUUGUGUAAUCCACAGUGCUUUAAAGUUUAGGUGUACCUGGCACAAAUUUAUACGAGAAACAGUGCCUUAUCAAAAGGAGACAAAAUUUAUGGUUGAUCGACGCAUUGGUUCGAACCUUUAUGCUGAGUCAGCCGUGGUUCUUUUUGUGUUCUUUGGUGACAUUCUAAUUUUUUGAGGUUAAGAUUUAACUGGGUAGAAUCCCAGUAAGGAUGUCUCAUUGGCAUUGUAGAUAUCAUGGGAAGUAUUUGUGUAGCCAGAUAGGCGUUAUACUCUUUAAUAAAUAAUAUAAUUUGAAACUGAUAAGCCACGUUAUAUUUCUGAACAAAAACCAAAUAUAUCAUCGUUAUUUCUAGAAUCGUGUGUUAAGCUUUCCUAAUUCUACACCAGUCGUCUAUUUCGUGAUAAUUUUGAACCAAAAUUUUUAAAUUUUAGUCAUGAUUUUCUUUUAGUCUGAUAUAUUGUAAAUAUACAGAACCAUAAACAACUACAGUUUCACAUUUUUCAUUUUUAUUAAUUCUACCUUUUAGUCUUUGUUCCUUAUUUUUUCGUUUAGUUGUCAUUGGGAUGAUGAAUAUGAAGGCACAGCAGAAACAAAAAUCGCAAAUUGAUCCAAACUUCGAAUGAUAGCAGACUGAUAAAAUUUUAGCAUGAAGUACUGUCCAAAUAUUCCCAAAAAUACGGAUAAUAAGAAAACAAGCAGUAUGAGAAACACAACUGUUUUAUUUUGUUUUAAAUCUUUUUGCAUUGUUUUAUAUAGACCCUGUCGUUAAUUUGUCAGUAACAAUUUUACUCUAUUUUAUACAUUUUACUACGUUUGCUAAAAGUAUAAAAUUACGUUGUUUUAUGUCUAUUUGGUAUGUUAUUUGUGACAGACACUUGUAGGGCCGCCAUUUACAAAUAUAAAAAUCUACAAGCCAGACAGAUUCAACAUCACAUAUAUUUAUUGUCUAUUAGUAUUAAGUACCAUCAAAUAUUUAUUUUAAACGAACAUAUUCCCUUGGGAAAUAAUUUAAAAUUUAAAGGGUAUCAACUGUUACAUUAAUAACAAAAACUAUCUUUAGUCUGAUGAAAGCGAUAAUUAAUCCUAUGCAUGUUAUUAAAAAAUGUUGUACACUAUCCUAAAUCCUUCACUGUAUGGAGUCAAUAUCAAUCUGAAAACAUGUAAGUAAUGAAAUAAAAGAAGUUUUAUAUAAUGUCUACAGUGUGCACAGCAUCAUCAGGUACCGGUAACACUAAGCUAAAUGCUACAAAUUACAAAAAAACAGAAUUAGGUAUGCUGUCUGGUAUCUUUUAAAGAAGAAUUAUCAACCCAAUAUUAAAAGUAUAUACAUAUAUACCAGUAUACCCUCAUAUAUACACAUACACAUAUCUAAUGCAGUGAUAUCUAAGUAUGCCAUGUAUAUAAGUUAUGUACAUACAUGCAGAUAUAAAGAAUGAUUUCAGAAGUAAACACUGUCAUACUUUUGCUCAGGUAUUCUUAAAAGAGGAUGGUAGCUAGGAUGGAAUGGAUGGAAUAAAUCCAUUCUAGCCACCAUCCCCAUCAUAGCAAUAACUGAGCAAAAGUAUGACACUGUUUACUUCUUAUCAUUCGUUAUAUCAACAUGUAAAUACAUAACUUAUAAAUCACAUAUUUAGAUACCACUGCAUAUGGAUAUGUGUGUAUGUGUAUAUUUGAGGGGUAUACUCAUAUAAUAUAUACAUGAAUAUAUGAAUAAUAAUAAAGUGGACAGUGAAAAGAAUAAGGAAACCUUUACACUGUGGAACUUGAAGAUGUCAGUCAGAGAAGAGUAGAAAGAAAAGCUCGUUGUUCUACUAAUCCAUAUAUUUUAGGAACGUUUCGUUUUGUGUUCACAAAACAUCAUCAGCCCAUUAUCUGUAAGAACAGCUGCCUUUAGAAGGAAAUUAAUUUAACUAAUAAUAGACUGCUUAUUGCAAAUAAGCAACCUAUGAGAAGUCAUCAAGAUAGAUUGUAAAAAGAAAUUUUUGAAACUUACAUGUGAAGUAUUUAUUCUAGAUGGUAAAGGCAACAGAUCCAGAAAAAAAAAUGAUCCUCCAAUUAAAGAUCACAUUAAAGUGAGAAUGGUAACAUGUGAAAAGCACAAAAAGUUUUUUUUUAGUCAAUAUUAGAUCUGACAUAAUAUUUAAAAGUGAAAGGCAACGGUUUACAGAAAGUGUAACAAUAAUUGCACCUAGACCAUAACGGUGGAUAAAAUGUAUCGAAAGUGUAGGUGAACAAUGGCAUACAAAAAAUUUUGUGGAAAACAAAAAUUCUUUUAAAAGAAGAAAUGUGUCAGUAGUACAUCUGGUGGCAAAGCUAUAGCGCCCUAAUUCCGGACUUCAUUGGAUGUAUAAUAAACUACCUUAAUUUUUCAUUAUAAUUAUAUUUGAACUUCACAGUGUUCAUUUAACCGUAACAACGGUUUAUAUGUAAAUAAUAACAAUGUCACGUUUAGUGUAUUAUUGCUUCAUCGAAUGACUAACAAUGGAUAUCAAUGAAUCGUCCCGUCUUCUCGUCGCUUUUUAUAUACAAUACUAAAUCACAACAUGCAUGGUUACUAGCGGUCAAUGCCGAUCAUAAUGUACCCUAAUGUAAACUAUAUUAUAUUUUCUUUCGUAGCAGUUCUGUUCAAUGCUAAAGGUUAACGUACCAUGUUAUAUCAUCCCUUUUUUGGGAAAAGGGCUUAUAUCGUUAGAUAUAAGUCCUCAACUAUAUUAUCAGCCUAACUGAACAGAAAUCCUAUUUUUAUCCAAAAUAUAGCAAUAAAAUAUUUAUAUUAUUCCUUAUUCUAAUAAAUUGGUAUCUAUUUUAUAAGCAGAUUUCUUUCCUUAUCCUUUUCACUGUCCACUUUAUUACAUGCAUAUAUGUAUAUAAUAUACUUCUAAUAUUGGCUUGAUCAUUAUUCUUUGAUAGAUAUCAGACAGUUUAAUUAAUUCUGUUUUUUUUUUGUAAUCUGUAGCGUUUAGUUUACUGUUACAGGAACCUGAUGAUGCUGUGUAAAUUAGAGACAGCGAAACGGGUCGUCCGAAGUGAAUAAAUCGAUUGUGAGGACCUCUUUUAUUUCAUUACUUACUUAGUAUGGACUCACACAUGCAACCCAUUCAAUAUCUGAAAACAUGUCUUUACUGGGCUGAAAUGUAUGUGCCGCAUGCAAAAAUACGAAUAUAACAAUCUGGCCUUAAUUGUGUAUAAGGAAAAUAUAUUUUUAUAGAUCAAAUCUAAAAAAUGACUUUUGGAAACACACAUGUAUAUUGUAAUUAUAUUUUUUUAAUUUUAUUUCUGCUUAUUGUAUAACACUAACUUAGUUAAUUUUGUUUACCAUGGUAUACAGUAUAGUGAUUUAGUUAUUUUUCUCACCAUAUUGUUGUAUAUGGUUAAUGUUUAGUUGUAGAUUUUUUAUACAAAAACUGAUUUAAAAGGUAAUGAAAUUGUCAUAUUUUUUGCACAAUAAAGUAUUAUUAUUAA